ACUGACAGUGACAGUGGCAACUUGAAAAUGACAACUUGAUAUACAUCCCCUUCGUGCAUUGCACAAACGAGCCAAAUUAAAAUGUUUCACAAAACUGAGAGUUCUAAGGGUACUUUUUUGGAACAAACCAAAGCAGCUAGAGAAGAAAGGGCACUAGAGAAAAAACGAGAAUCUUCUACUAUACUAAUUCAAGCAAAUAUUAGAGGAUGGCUGUGUAGAGUGAAAUUUGCAAGAAAAAUAAUAAAUGACUUUGACAGUAUUAUUGCUGAUGUUCCUGAAGAUAAUUCGAAACUACAAUUUAAACCAGCUGUAGAAAUAUACCACCAAACUUUGAGACUGCUCCUGAUAUGGAGAAAAUCAAGAGAUAAAGAAAGGUUCCCCAAACUUUGUCACUACAUAGUUGCCACACUAGACAGUGAUUCUCCCAAGUUCAGCUAUGUUGGUGUAGCACUCAAUAAAGAUUAUGUGCUAAGAUGGAUAUCUCACAUGAAUGAUAUCCUGUGGAUUUGCUGUGAAUAUUUGAAUGAUCUCAAACCUGAAUUUGCCAGUGAUACAAAAAGUAUUGUUCUGUAUCUGCAUGUCCUAGUGUCAUUCACAAGUACCAAUACAUGGAAUGUGUUGAAGAAUAAGAAUAUGGAGGUAUUGAAGUCUGGGAUGAAUCAGCUCUGUGCAAAUCUUAUGGGACAGUUGUUUCACAAAGGAUUCUAUCUUGUACUGAAGAAUUUAUUGUUGCGGGGUCUUGGUCGGAUAAAGAUAAUCUUCAAGAAUGUUUCACUAUCCGCUAUUCUUACUCUAUCUUUACGUCCUUUGAUUGCUGCAAACUAUUCUGAUAAACUUAUGACUAUAUUCUUGAUCAACAUUCUAUCAAUACCUGGACUGAUUCAACAUCUACAAACAUUAUCACCAGAGUCGAUAAUGACAAUUUGUAACCACAGGUUAUUCUCUAGGAGCUUAGAAUUGCUAUCUAGUCCACAGGCGAUGAGAAUAGUAUUCAACACUCUAGAAGGAAGCUAUGCCCUUUGCCUUUUAGCUAAUCUGAUUCAGCUAGCAUUCAUUGAGAGGCACACAACAUUCAAAGAAAUAUGUUUCCCUACGUUUACGGUCGUGGUUACUGGACUACUAGAAAGCUGCCAGAAUUACGUAGUUAGCAAACAGUCAACUCUAACGCAUUGGCAUCCCGUUUUGGGAUGGUUUGCUCAACCUAUGGAUCCAUCCUUGCAUUCAGCUAUGCCACAUGUAAAGAUACAACUCCAUCUGUUGUGGAAUAUCGAGAUAAUACAAAUUCUUUUAGGCAAUUCACUGUCCGUUCUGGUAGCUGGUUCCGAACCACCUGGACAAAGUUUGAGUCCUACUCAGAACUCUUUCAGUAGCACCAAUUUUUUCAGAAAGGUUCUUGAAAAUAGGGGGAGCCGGACCACUACUCAGAGAUCUUAUAGAACUCUAGGUAGCCCUGAGGUUCAUAGGAUAGUUCUGAUCUGUUCUAUGUAUCAUACAGCAUUGAAUACGUUGACUCAACUGCAGCUAGAUAUUUUGACAGGAUUGUGUUACCAGAAUUCCAUGUUAUACGAUCUAUGGUUAUUUUUGUGUUCCUUGGGACAAUUUUGUGGUAUGAAACCAUUUCUAGAUCUUCUGGCCUUCAAUACCAAAUGUUCAGCCCCAGAAUUCCAGAUGCUUCAGUUAUUUGGAGAUUGUAUGGCUCAUUAUGUAACAAUUCUUGAUGAUAUGGAAAUGUAUGAACAACAGAAUCCGUUCAAACUUAAUGAUUUUGUCUCGAUGUCCAACUUUUUAAACGUUUUCUUGUACAAGGCGGUACUGGGAAAUCUUUUCGAUUUCAAAACAAUCCACAAUAAUUCUCUCUUUGGUUCGUUGCAUACACUCUUGAUGCUUCUCUACAGAAGAGAUUGUAGAAGGAAUUACACGCCACAGGGACACUGGUUGAUCAAAGAUAUCAGGGUAUCUACAUUCAUCGCAGAUUUAGAAAAAGGUCGUAGAGCUCCGCAGUUGCUUCUUCAAACCAUGCCACAUAUCAUCCCACAUGAAGACAGAGUUAGGCUCUUCAGGAAGCAUAUUACUAACGAGAAAACCGUACUGGGAUUGACUGAAUCGGCUUGUGCCUCACCUCAGUCUACACUGAUUACAGUUCACAGGAACCGUAUUGUCGAAGACGGAUACAGACAGUUGGCCCUUUUACCAUCUCAAUCCUUGAAGGGCGUCAUAAGGGUGAGAUUUAUCAAUGAGCAAGGUUUAGACGAGGCUGGUAUUGAUCAGGAUGGUGUGUUCAAAGAGUUUCUGGAGGAGAGCAUCAAGAGAGUAUUCGAUCCUUCCCUGAACCUGUUCAAAGCUACCAGUGAGGAGCGCUUGUACCCAAGUCCUACUUCUGCUGUGCAGGACAACCAUUUGCAGCUAUUUGAGUUUGUGGGAAGAAUGUUGGGUAAAGCAGUGUACGAGGGCAUCGUGGUAGACGUGCCUUUCGCCUCGUUCUUCCUGAGCCAAGUGUCAGGCCAGACGGCCCAAGUGCUGUACAGCUGCGUGGACGAGCUGCCCUCCCUCGACCCAGCGCUCUACCGCAGCCUCAGCUACGUCAAGCACUAUGAGGGCGACGUUGCCGAUCUAGAUUUGACCUUCAGCGUCGACGAGGAUAGCAUGGGCAAAAUCGUGACGCACGAGCUGGUGCCAGGUGGCAGGGCAGUGCAAGUGACGAAUGAGAAUAAGAUCAACUAUAUUCAUUUGAUGGCGCAUUUUCGAAUGCACGUCCAAAUCAAAGACCAGACAGCAGCUUUCAUCAGAGGUUUCCGGUCCAUUGUCAAUCCAGAUUGGCUGACACUAUUCUCAACACCAGAGCUACAAAGAUUAAUAUCCGGUGACAAUGUCCCGUUGGACCUGAAAGACUUGAGGAAAAAUUGUCAGUAUUACGGAGGUUUUCACGAUUCACACAGGGUGAUCGGAUGGCUGUGGGAUAUUUUGGAAAAAGACUUCACUAAGGAUGAAAAAGGAAUGUUCCUCAAGUUUGUCACAAGUUGUUCUAAACCACCACUGCUUGGUUUUGCACACCUUGAACCCCCAUUUUCAAUAAGAUGCGUUGAGGUAGGGGACGAUGAAGACACUGGGGACACUAUUGGUAGUGUGUUCAGGGGGUUCUUCACCAUUCGAAAAAAAGAUCCUCAAAAUCGCCUUCCGACCUCCUCUACGUGUUUUAAUCUCUUGAAGUUACCGAACUAUCAGAAGAAAAGUACUCUCAGAGAAAAACUGAGAUAUGCAGUCACUUGCAAUACUGGAUUCGAGUUAUCUUGAUCCAGCUGUAAUUUUG